AGUUUAAAGAUUAUUCUAAAAAAUAACAAUUAUUGACUGAUACUUAAAUGCGAUAAUUGUGAUAAUCGAAAAAUAAGCUGGAAAGGAACGGAAUAUAAUAGUAAUUUUUGUAAUAGUAAUAAAUAAAUUAUUAAAUAGAGUUAAAUAUUAAAGAGUUUUUGAAUAUUUAAAAGUGGACAGUGAUUGCAGCAAGCUAUUUAUAUACUUAAUGCGUCAUUGAACAUAUGUGCUCCAGGAUUCAAUUAUUUUUAGAUAGUGAAUUCAGUGAUCUUGAUAUACACACACGCAUUAUGAUUGAAGAACUAACUGAAGAGGUUCAGCAAUUGUUUCCAAAUGAAACUAAAGUUUUGCCAUCCAUUUUGACUGUGUUAUAUUCGACAGCAAAACUUAAUCAUGCUAAACAGUUGGUGGCAACGAUGAAUGACAUACGAAAUCCAGAAUUAAGGAAUUAUCUAUUAAAUUUGAAAUUUGAUGAAAUAGAUGGUCAAUCUGUUACACCACUCACAAUGGCAGCUAUGGCAGGUAAUACUAUGUAUGUGAAAACCUUGCUUUCACACUACAGCGUUGAUUUGGAACGGGAGUGUAAUGUAAUAUUUGACGGACUUGUGGUUUACGGCGCCACAGCGUUAUGGGUGGCUGCAGGAUUGGGUCACUUACAGGUUGUUAAACUAUUAGUUAAUAAUGGUGCAAAUGUUAACCACAAUACAAAAGCUCAAUCAUCUCCCUUACGAGCUGCAUGUUACGAUGGACGUUUGGAUAUAGUUAAAUAUUUAAUUGAACAUGGAGCAGAUGUUAAUUUGGGCAACAAAUACAACAACACGUGUAUAAUGAUUGCUGCUUACAAAGGUCAUGCUCACGUUGUGGAUACUCUAUUAAAAAAUGGUGCUAACCCAAACGAGCAAGCUCUUUGUGGAGCAACUGCUUUACAUUAUGCUGCUGAAUGUGGGCAUUUGGAGGUAUGUCGAAUACUGCUUGAUCAUGGAGCUCGUUUACAAGAAAAUGAACAUGGAUUAACACCUGUUUUAAAUGCAGCCGAACGUACUCACGAGGAUGUAGUUAAUUUAUUUAUUGAUAGACCUGGACUUAUGAAAAAAGAAGACAUAAUAAUUGCACUCGAAUUAUUAGGUGCGUCGUUUGCGAAUGAUAAAGACAACUAUAGCAUUCAAAAGGCGUAUACGCAUUUAUUGCGAGCAAUGGAAAUGCGAUAUUCAGAUUCGGAAAAGAUAAUAAAAAAAAGAAUUAUCCCGCCUGAAUUAGCUUAUGACAAUUGGCUCGAAACGGAAAAUCUUCCUGAACUGCAAGCAAUAAGGCUAAAUCAUCAUUCAAUUCACAUGGAAUCUUUAACCAUAAGAGAGCGUAUACUGGGAAAAAAUAAUCCUGAUUUGCCUCAGCCGAUUGUUUAUAGAGGUGCAGUAAUGGCUGAUCAAGGUCGAUUCUAUCAAUGCCAAACGCUAUGGAACUAUGCCAUGGACUUAAGAAUGAUGAAUAAUGUAUCAGUGGAACGUGACUUACUGCGUUUCGCGCAACUGUUUUCACAAAUAUUACGCAUUGAAGACGUUCAACUAGAUUUAUCUCAGGUUUUAUCUGUAUUAGUGAAGUGUCAGCAAGAAAUAGAACGAAAUAAAUACAAAAUUGUAAACCCUGGUCCCAAGGAUGUGCCGCAAAUGAUUGCCGAUCAGAAUGAACAAAAUGUAGCAUCUGCCUUAUAUCUUAUAAAAAUUAUAACAAAGGUUUUGGCACAACAGCCUCAAUAUAAUAAAGAACACAUAGAUCUCUUGUACAAUACAAUCAAAAAAUUUAUAAAAUGUGAUACUCGACUUGCGGAUGGACAAACUUUGCUUCAUAUGGCAGUAAAUGGAAGGACACCUGUUGACGAUUUCUUUACCAGCGAUGUGUGCAAGUUUCCAUGUUUUCGAACUGCACUUUUAUUAGUACACGCUGGAGCUUCUGUUAUUGCUACAGAUGAGUUGCGCAAUACUCCACUCCAUACUCUAGUGGCUAGUUUUCCUCGAGAUAAUCCCCACUUAUUACCAAAUGCUGAAAAAAUUGUAAAACUAUUAGUUGAUGCAGGAGCUCAUUUGGAUGCCAUUAAUGCCCAAGGCUUAACACCAGCUCAAGUCGCUCAUGUUGCUGGUUUAAAAAACAUUAUACUUGGUUAUGAAAAUUCGUUAACAUCAUUAAAAUGCAUUGCAUCCCGCUGUAUUGCUAUUAAUAAAAUAAAAUAUCAAGGUUUAGUACCCACUGCUCUAGAGUCUUAUAUUCAAAUUCAUAGUGCUGAAAAGUUUUUUGCAUAAAACUGAACAUUUUUAUAACGCUGUUUGGAAAACACCGACAUUAUCAAAAGAAAUUCAAAAGGAUGUAACAAAAAAAUUAGUUAUUUCCCCAACUAAAAAGUCAUAAAAGCACAUUAUUAAACAAUGUCUUGGCGGACGGGACAUUUAUAUUCAAACGUGUUAUAAUAUAAUAUAGUACAUUAAAGAAAAAAUCAUGAUUAAAACAAUUGUAUUUUCUGAAAAUUACGCCCUUUUGGAUUUUUGUUGACGAUGUUUUUUGUGAGAAUGGUUAAUUGUAUCUAUCUAUUGUAUGUCAACCAAACACAUACAUACAUAACAUGAAUAUAUUAUUG